AUGCGUAUUUUCGCACUCACAGCCACAGCAGCGCUGCUCUUURGCACAGUCUGUUCAUCAUCGCUCGGCCAAGAUGAAGAACAACUUUCAAGAUUGGCAGAGCAGGCAUACGUGCAGACUUGCACUGCAAAUCCUCCCGCAUCGUAUGGGCAUAAGCAGCAAAAGUGUUCAACGAAAACUUUACGCGUCCGCCGCAACUACUCCCACCUUAGCACCUCUGCACGAAAACACUACAUAUCUUCCAUAAUCUGCCUCCAAUCCCUUCCAUCUCGAACGCCAUCUCAUCUCAGCAACGGAACGCGAACCCGCUAUGACGACUUUAUCACAACCCAUAUCAAUCAAACUCUAACCAUUCACUACACCGCUUCAUUCCUGGCCUGGCACAGAUACUAUAUACACGCGUUCGAAACUGCUCUCAGACAAGAAUGCGGAUUCAAGGGAGAUCUACCGUACUGGGAUUGGUCGGAGACUGCACGUACAGGACUUCUCCAUAGCGAGCUCUUCGAUGGAAGUCAAACUUCUCUAAGCGGCAAUGGUGCAGCUAUCCCAGGACCCCAAGAAGAUAUCAUGCUUGGUGCAGCACAGGGACUCCCUCCAAUUUACCUGCCCACAGGUUCUGGAGGAGGGUGUGUCAAAUCAGGCCCGUUCACGAAGAUGAGCAUCAAUCUUGGACCCGUCUCUCUAGAUCUUCCAGGUGGAAAGGUCGGUGGGCCUCCGACGGGAAAUCCACUAGAUUUGAAUUCGAGGUGCUUGAAACGAGAUCUUGUGGAUGCUAUCAAUCGGCGGUAUGCGAAUGCUUCAUCGAUGCUCAAUCUCAUCAACGGAUCCAAGACUAUUGACGACUUUCAAUUGACCAUGCAAGGCGCCCCGGGAAGUGGAGAUAUCGGCGUACAUGGCGGCGGACACUACAGUCUUGGAGGUGACCCAGGCAGAGAUGUGUUUGUAAGCCCUGGAGAUCCAGCAUUUUGGGCACAUCAUGGGGGAAUUGAUCGGAUGUGGUKGAUAUGGCAGCGACUUGCCCCCAAAUCUCGCGAGUCCGGCUCGGGUGCGAUAUCAGGGACCAGGACCUUUCUAAACAAUCCUCCAAGCGAGAAUGCCACGUUAGAAGACCUCAUUGAGUUCGGGUAUGCUGCUGGACCUGCGAGACCGAUCCAAGACUUGUUAUCGACCACAGCAGGUCCGUUUUGUUAUGUUUACCUUUGA